AUGGUUGUGCUUAGAGGUAACCUGGGCCAAAGGCAAAAACAACUGAAUACAAUCGUAAAUGAAGCAGCAAGUCGAUAUGACCGCUUUGAAGAUAUCAAAGACAUGAGGGAAACGUCUGAUAUUGAGAAGUUUAUGAAAAUUGAUCUAGCCUCUAAACAUAAAAAUAUAGAUUACAUUAUGGAGGUGAUUAAAGCAGGCGAUACUUUGCAUAUAACUAGGGCUCUCAAAUGUCUUUGGAUUUAUGAUGUUAUGUAUUCCGAAACUUUGAAUGCUCAAUUCGUUCAAGAAAAAAUAUUUCCAUUCAUGUCUCUAAAGAUGAGGCGGAAGAUGUUGACUUUUAUGUCCAUGCACAUAAAAGACUCUGAUCGCAUAGUUAACUUUAUUAAGUGUUGUAUGGAUAUUCAGUCACCAAAAUUAGCUUUAAAAUUUGUAGUUAACGCCGCUAACGCAAUUAAGUUAGAAUUUCUGAGAGAAAAUUCUGAUAUUAUUGAAGAAACUCAAUCAAAGACAUUUGUUCAACAUUUUAUUGGUAACUCUUUUACGCUUGCGGAAACACUUUUAACAUUAAUAGGCUCAGAAGCAAACAAGAUUAAAGUGUUAUAUAAUAUUAGACACAUGUAUUCAUUAAAAGAUGUAGGGUACUUAGAUAUGGUGGAGAGACAUGUCAAAUUUAUUCCAUUUACUAACCUCUUACGCUUAGGUUCAACGAUUACCAAACAUUUAAUCAAAAACCAUAAACUGAGAAUAAUUGAAAAUCCAAGAAUAUAUAUCAACCUCUUACACAUGAAAACAGUAGCAAGAUACAUAACCGCGGACGAUGCAAAAAUGAUUGUUUCAGAAUUACAUCCUGCAACCGUAGAAAAAUACUGGAAUGAAUGCUUUUGUUUAUUUUAUAGCAGCAUUAUAAAUAAAAUUCCAUAUGCGGAAAGAUAUCAACUUCUAAAAAGUAUGUUCAACUUGCAAUAUAAAUGUCAAUCGUUUGAAAACAACCCUGAGUUUUAUAACAAACAGUGCUACAAAUUCAUGACAGAAGAAGAAAAGCUUGACUGGAUUCGGGAUCAGAUUAAAAGUCAUCCAGAAAUGUAUGAUAAACCUUAUUCUUUGUACAGUAUUCUUGCAUUUGAGGGUGCUUUUAAAGAGAUAACCAAUUUAGUAAAAAGAUGUGAUUCAUCAGAAAUUCGAUGUGACAUGAUGAUCUAUGUUCUUCCGACUGUUAAAAAGCAAUUACAUAUAAAGAGGCUGUUGGACUACUAUCAACAUAGCAAGGAACCCGAACAUGCCCAAGAAGAUUUUAUUAACCGGUUACUUCAGGAACAUAGAGGGUAUUAUUUCAAUAAAGAUUGCUGGACAAUAUUGAAUGAAAUAUUUAAAAAGCUAAAAGUAUAUGAAUUUUGUCCUGGUUUUGACGCUUUUUUACAAAAUUUUAGAGUAGUUGCAAUUUUGUACUAUAUAAUUAACGAAAACAAUCUCUCUGAGGAGUUGAAAACGUUCAUGAGUGGAAAUGAGUACAUAAAUGAAUUACUCCAGCUCUCAAGUAAAGCACAUUCAGCAGAUCAACAAAAGGUAUAUCAAUACUUAUUUAAUUUUUACCUAGGUAAAAUUAGUGAGUUUGACACUGAAGAAAGAGUGUCGGAGCUUCUUCAGAAGUACGUGACUGAAAUGUUGGAUCUUUUGAGUUUUUAUGGUAAAACAAAGGAUGAUAUUCCAGAGGUGGUAAUGCAAGUCGUGCAAAAUGAUCGCAGCAACUUGAAGACACAUAAAUUGAUUCAUGUUCCCUUUAUCGAAGUUACUCAGAAAGAGAUUAUGAAACUUCUCAAAGUUGACCCAAAAUUGGCCGUCGACAAGCUUCCAUCGAUAAUAAAAACUCAUGAACUCAGCCCUACUGUCCGCGUCAGCCAGUUAUUUAAAAAACUAAAAGUAUAUUUUUUUAAUGAUAUUUCGCAACAAUAUGUUGAAUAUUAUAAGAACUGGUUGUUGAAAAAAUCCUUAUCGAAGUCGUGUACAGAAGCUGCUACCUAUGCUAUUUUCCUACUAAGUGAUGAUGCUUUCAAAGUACACUUUAUGACGACGAAUGUUCCAAUAGACGACGAAAAAAGCAAGAUUGACCCCAAGAAACUUCGUAUUCAACAUGCUAUAUGUGCCACUGUAUUGCACUCGCGUCCACAUGUUCCUCUUAAACAUUUACUAAUGUACAUUAAAGGUCAAUAUAUUCGGAGUUGCUUGCACUUAAUUACUUCUUACUUAGUAAACUUGCCUUUACCGCGUUGUAUCGAAUUCAUUGACGAAAUUUUGAAAGCGCGAUCAUUGGCGCAAGAACGCGGCAUCCGUGUUGCUUUUGCAUGUUUUAGUGCAGAAAAUUUAAGAAAAAUAGUUCUCUACAUUUGGAAAAAAAAUAAUAUUGCCUCAUUGAGACUGAUUUUAUACUCAGCUUUGUACAAUAAAAUUGCUAAUGAAAGGGAAUGUGCACAAGGUAAAUUGUUUGAUAUCUUAAUUGAAUUAACAUCAGACCUAGACGAAAACGAUAACGACAUAUUUAAAGUUAUAGUGUCAGGAGGCUUACCAGAGCACUUAGCAUCGGAAUUUUUAAAUGCUGCUUGGAUAGCCGUGAACUCCUUGCCCGUCGACAGAGUAAAUUUGUAUAGAAGGGCAGAUGUAAUAGAACACAUGUGUAGAAUUUUUUAUUCAAUGCGCCAAGACCACGUUCGACCUAUUAUAGAAGAUUUCAUUGAAGAUUUAUUUGAUACUUUACAGACAAAGAUCUCAGAAAUAGACGAUGCUAUUUUUUAUUUAUAUAAUAAAAAAUGGGAGCUAGCUGGAAAGUACGUUACAAAUGUGCGAAAUGAAAACGACCUUAAUAUAAAGAAUGAAUGUGUGCGAUUAAUAACUGGUGAGUGUUUGGCAAUAUUCAAUACCAUUGAUGGUAACAAAUAUAUUGGUCGAGAUCUAUUUAUGAGGUUUAUAAGAUUUAUGCAAUCAGAAAGUUAUACACAACCUUUCGUAUGUUAUACAUACAUCAAUGUACUUUUUGAGACGAUUAUUGAAGCUCUGAAUGAGGCAAUGCCCAUGGAACAAAUAUACUUUAUGGUGUGGGAGAUACAUGUGGAUAUGGCAGUAAGAAAAGCAAUCAUUAAUAUUGAAAUACAUUGUUCUAGUUUGGUGAAUCUUUCUGAAAAAAUCACAACACUUAGAGACGCCUUAAUAUACUUCGGACGUAAUAUUGGUAAUGUAAUUAAUCAUUUUGUCGAAAGGAAUACCUUUUAUAGAAAUUUGACGACAAUUGUUGUCAAUGACGCGUUCCCUCACAUCAAGAGAAUAGUUGACCUAGUACCUGGUGUAAAACUUGAAGAUGUUUUAGUUGCCACCAGCUUAGCAUUGAUCGAUUUUAAAACACCAGAACAUUAUAUGUUUGCACUACUUCUUAUACCGGAAAAUUACUUAGGUUGUUACAUUGUCGAUUAUAAUACAGUCCUCAAUGAAAUCAGGCUUUGUACAAAUAUGGAUGUAAUCGCGCUUAUGUUUCAGAAGUUUGUCAACUCUGACUUCAAACCGAGACACUUUUUAAAGUUAUAG